UAAACUUCCGAUUAGAAAGAAUCGUAAAUGGGAUAAGGAAAGAGUUGUUUGAGUAAAACCACUGGUAUUACUACAUUGGAUUUGUAGCUAUCUGAAUGCUGCGCUUCUCCUUUUUGCGAGACCAUGAAAGGUAAAGGAAAAGCGCCACAAGAGAAGGAGAAAGACAGGGAUAUAAAAGACUGUCCUCUGCAAUUCCCUGAUCUGUCUACUGUCGACCAUAUCAAAGAAUGUCAGAAAUAUGCACAAGUUGUUUCUAGAGAUGAGAAUGGCCACAUCAGCCUAGAAGAACUAGACCAAAUUCAAGCUGACAUUGAAAUUUUGUUGGCAUCUGUAGGGAAAAGGUUAAAACAAUUGGGCUCUGAAAAUAACAUCUUAGCUACCUGGCCUGACAAAAAAGAUGGCAAAAGAUCAACAGGAAAAGGGUCAGAAACACCUAGCCGUUCAUCAACUCCUACAAAAAGAAAAGGCACUCCAACUGAUGAAAGAGAAAGACAGUCCAGCAAAAAAUUUAAGGAUUCCAGCGGGCGACCCUCACAACCAUCAACACCGAAUUCUGGGUCAAGAACCAAAGGAAAAAAUUCACAGUCUAAGGGUCAGUCAGAGGAUCCAACAGGUUCUGAUGGACCUUCUGCAUCUGAGACACCCAAGGUUCCAAAGAAUGAUGCAGUCAAUAGGUUUUGGGCAUCAGUGGAGCCCUACUGUGCUCCAAUCACUACAGAUGAUCUACGUGUCAUUGAAGAGAUGUUAAAAGCCCAUGAAGAGGAAUCUGAAUACAUGAAAAUCCCACCAUUGGGAAUACACUACACCCAGAGAUGGGCAGAGGAAGAUCUUUUGGAGGAGCAGAAUGAUGGAUCAAGGAUAAGUGAAAAGAAGAAGCCUGCUGUUCAGCCCAGUAAUGGAGUUACUGCUACAACAAAUACAGAGACCACUGCUAUGCUUAAAAAGGCUGAGUUUAAAAAGAAUGACUAUUUUAUGGAUGACUCCCCCUUUGGGCCCCUGACUCAGAGGUUAGUGUCUGCUCUUAUUGAGGACAACUUAAUGACUCCAAUGGAUGAUUCAAUGGCAGACACGGCUGAAUGUGCAGAUGAAGCCCCAGCCAUUUCACCACGCAUGCUUGCUAAGCAGCUCAACAUUGGAAACCCUGCAACACUGGAAAGAAGAAUCCGCAAAGAGUUGGAAGAGCAGGGAAUUUUAGAAAAGGAAGAAGAAGAAGAGGAUGAUCCAAAUGAUGAAGUUUUAGCAGAACUAAGAAAGAAGCAGCAAGAACUCAGGGCAAUCAGUCAACAAAAUGUAAAUAUAUUAAAGAGCUUGUAUCGUCAGGGACAGGAAGAUAUGGCUCGACAAGAUCUUAGAAAGAAAUUACAGGCAGCAGAUUCUGAGGUGAUGGAAGCUUAUAGGAAAAUACAGGUUGCCAAACAAAAGAAAAAGUCUCCCACAAAGAAAGAAAAAGAAGCCAUCAGUAAGGCACUAAAGGACCGGGAGGCAAUAAUUAAAGCUUUAGAACUGUAAGGUUGUGUUAACACAGAAGACAAAAUCUUUAAAUGGCAUCAUAGCAGCUUGGUACAGAAAAGGGCUACUUUCAACUGGAUACCACAGUGUUAUCCAUUAAACCGUGUGCUCAUUUCUGCAAGCUGAGCUUAUGAUGAAACAGCCAAUGUGUUUUUUGAACAAUUCAGGCAGCUGAUUGAAGACAAUACUUUUUACUAAAUUACAAGUGAUUUAAUGUACUGCUACAUUAUGGUGAUAUCAAGACCAUAAAUUGAGGUCUUAUACUGUUCCAUCAAACUUGUUUCUAAGCUGCCACAAACUAAACUAACAUAAUAGAUUCAUUGUGAAUAUGACAUUGAUAGUUCUUUCCUUCAAACGCAAUUCAUUUGUCAUAAAUUUUCACUACUGUAAAUAAGUCAUUUUUUAAAAUACAUUUUCGAGUUUUUUAACUUAUUUUUUACUGACUGGUCAAGAAUAUAUUUUUUACACUUAAAUACAUAAAGGCCCUACCAGUUUUAAUUUAUUGUGAAGAAUUUGUUUAGUUUAGCCAAAGAGUAUCUUUUGUUUAAUAUGGGUGAACAUUUUAACAUUGUAACUGUAAUCUGAUAGUAAGAAUUGUGUAUAACUGUCAGUCUAGCUUCUGAUUGUGUUAAAUAAAAAGAAAAAAAUGUCUGAAUAGAUUGCCUGGAGGAGUGCUACAAUAUCUGUUUGCUACAUUUCCAUUUAUUUAAUGUAAAUAUAUUGGGAGUACUUGUGAUCGGUACUGAUAGGAUUGUGCGUUUGGUUAGAAUGUUGUAAUUUAUUAGAUUAAAUUAAUAGUGGCAUUCGGUGUUGUUUAUCCUCUGUUUAGUAUAAAAUUGCUUAGCUAGAGUUUAACAGAAUCUAUUUGAAUCUACAGUGACGUAGCAGGAAUUUGUUGUGAGAGGGGUGUUAAUAAAAUUAUAUUUCAAAAUAUAUGACAUGAAACAAUUUUACAUUUUUUAAAAUAUAUAUAUUUAUUUGAUAUAAACUUUUUUUUUUAAAUGAUUGUAAAAUUGUUUCAUGCCAUAGGAUAAUUUAAAAUGGUCAACAUAAAGACACUGAGAAUCGCUGUGAGACUUCUCAUUUUUGGGGGUGGGGAUUCAAACAUGCCCCUGUCUACACCACUGGUGAUCUGGCAGAUCUUUAAGAAUUGCUGAGAUAUGUGACAUUUGUUAAAUUAAUUUUUCAUUUGCUUGUAAAAAAUAAAUUGUUUUAUAAUCAUUA